AAAUACAAAUCGUUUAUCUAAAGGUUCGAUUUUUAGGGCUUCGAGUGUAAUAAGUUUCAGCGCGGCGGAGCCAUGGUUCUCAAGACUGAGCUUUGCCGAUUUAGUGGCCAGAAGAUUUACCCUGGCAGAGGAAUCAGAUUUAUCAGAUCUGACUCUCAGGUGUUUUUGUUCGCCAACUCGAAAUGCAAGAGGUACUUCCACAAUAAGUUGAAGCCAUCCAAGCUUACAUGGACUGCCAUGUACAGAAAGCAGCACAAAAAGGACGCUGCUCAAGAGGCUGUGAAGAAGAGGAGACGUGCAACCAAGAAGCCUUACUCGAGGUCAAUCGUUGGCGCUACUUUGGAGGUCAUUCAGAAGAAGAGAUCAGAAAAGCCCGAAGUUCGUGAUGCUGCCAGAGAAGCUGCCCUACGUGAUAUCAAGGAGAGAAUCAAGAAAACCAAGGACGAGAAGAAGGCAAAGAAGGCAGAGUUUGCUUCGAAGCAGCAAAAGUCUCAAGUUAAGGGCAAUAUCCCCAAGGCUGCAGUUCCCAGAGCUGCUAAGAUGGGUGGUGGUGGUGGCAAACGUUGAAUGGAGUUAUAGAGUAGCCGCUCUCAUCUCUCUUCACUUGUCAUUCUUACUUGUUUUGACUUCUGUUUUGUCACCAGUAUUUUAUAGUUUUGGCACCUCUCUAAUAUAUUGUACUCGAGAUUUUUCCUCAGCUUAUGAGUUAUUAUUUUUUGGCAUCCUUUAUGUUGCCCUCUCUUUAA